UAUCAUCACGAGGGAAAACUUGAGUUAAUUUCCCCUAAAUUCUUUUGGGUGUUUGUGCGUAAAAGUACGAGUGCCACUAAUUGAAGCUCCUGUUUUUGGCUGCGUUUGGAAGUUUUUAUGAAUAGAAAAAAAAAAAAAUCUUUAAACCGUAGAAGCUGUUGCCUAAAGUGUGAAGUAAUCAGGGCUGGUUUUGUUUGCGUCGAUUGCCCAGAAUGAGCCUCUGUUUGAUUGUGUUUGCCUUUGCGCAUUCCUAUUGUUAACACUUUACUCCAAUCCAUACCUAACCUGACAUGCCACUUGCUUUGUUUGACACAUGUGGUCACAGUGCAGAGUCCACUUUCUGCAGCUGAUCUCACUGCUGUCCUUAAGACUCCUUCUGUGAACACCCUGAUUUAUAUUUGUGCCAGAGACAAAGUCAGUUUUUGUUGAGCUUAGUCACUACAUAAUUUUCCACUUGGGUCAAUGUGUUGACUCCAUUCAUUAUCUUUGUGGAUGUCCUGCCUGGUGUGUGUAGGUCACCUCCACACUGCCACUUUGGUCUGGAGUUGAGAGAAAAAGCAACAAGCACCUGCAGGCCAGCUUCAGUGGCCUGGACCCCAUUACUGCAGCAUGGGCAACUUUUCCAGCAAAGACAGUGGACAUGGAGCCACAGGGGCCCAUGGGGAUAGUUUCCACACUCCUCCUGUUUCACCUCAGAGUGAAGGGCCUGGUGUCCCCCAGUUCUCAAACUCACUUCAGCGUUCUUCAGCAACUCCAGUUUCAUCUCCAGCGCAGUUGCCACCCCUUAUAUCCAGUGGGAAAAAAAUACAAGCUAGUAUCAUUCCCUCUACGCCGAGCUCUCCUCAACCACCGCCUGAAUGGAGGCCUCAUCCACCUGCCAACUCCAACAGCUCCACGGCUGGGUCUGGAGGUAACUCAGCGCAUGGAAAGUCAGGAAACAAUGCAGGAAUCAAAGGACAUGUUACAGUGGGAAAGAAUGGGGGCCCUCCGACCUCUAGCCCCAGGACUCCGGUCUCCCAGGGGAAGAGUGUGGCCCUCAGUCCCACAAAAAGCCCCAUUUCUCUGUGUAGCGUCUCAUCUGUGGAAGGCAGAUGUUCGGGUGAGAGCUGGAAAGAACGGGACAGCGGUCUGAGUCAGUCCCUGCUGCAGGGUCAGGAGGCUGGGGAUGAGCUGGAGAAGCUGCUGGAGGAGAGUAGGAUAACACUGGGUAUCACUGCCGAUCAGGAUGCGACUAUGAACACAACAGAGGUGAUGAAGCAUCUACUGACAGAAGUGAAAAGUUUGAGAAGUACUUUGCAGACGGAGCGUGGGGAAUGGUUGCAGUUCCAGUCUGACCUCCAGGUGGCGGUGUCAGUGGCGGAUCGUCUCCGAGCCGAGGCCGAGGAGGAGCUGACGGCGUUGCGAACGGCCCAUAAGGACGUGGAGAGGGAACUGGCCGCCGCCCAGCAGAGACAGAAGGAGGCGGACAUGCAGCUGGUCACCCUGAGGGGGGAGCUGAGGGAAAGCAGGCAGACCCUGGCCACGCUCACUCUGACUCAGGGCAAAACUGACCCCCAUGACCCCAAUCAGAAAUCAGAUAAACCCAGCGGUGAACCGACAAACAGCUCUGACAACAAACAGGAGAUGCACAGAGGCCGGGAGGGAGUUCUGUACAGGCUGGGAUGUGAAAGGAAGGAAAGUGGGGGUCAGAUUGAAGCAAUGACUAAUGUCAGCGAGGAGGCCAGGACGCACUCUAAAGGUGUGACGCAACGUUACCUUAAAAAUGUCACCAAUGAGGAAAGGAACGGACAGGAGGGCAGAUCCAGUGAGUCACGAAGGACAGUAACCACAGAAAGGUCGAGGAGUCUGUCCAGAUUACCUGCAUCCUCCGACUUCCCUCCUGCACAGAACAGAACAUCCCAGUCCAAUACUUCCACAACAGCUGGAUCUGCAAACAAGAACACGGUGCAGCUAAAAGUUCGACGAAGCCUGGAUUGGCAGGAUGGAAAAUCAAGCACUGACACAGGAAAACGUGAGGAAUCGCUAAAUAAGUACAACUCUGCCCUCACUGAGCUGCCUCCCACAAAGUCCCAGGAUGGUUUCAACCUGCUGCUGCGUCGCCAUGGAGGCUCUAAGAGAAACUCACUGCUCCGCUGGUGUCAAAACCGAACACAAGGCUAUAAGAAUAUCGACAUAACCAACUUCAGCAGCAGCUGGGCCGAUGGUCUCGCCUUCUGCGCUGUGUACCACACCUACCUCCCCUCUCACAUCCCUUACAGCACCCUUUGUCCCGAGAACAAGAGAGAGAACCUCAGUCUUGCAUUCAAAACAGGAGACAGUGUUGGGAUUGCACAAUCUCUGACGGUGGAGGAGAUGCUGAGAGCAGGUGGUCCUGACUGGCAAAGGGUCUUGAGCUACGUAGAGGGCAUGUACCGUCACUUUGAGAUGUGACCGCUGGAGGUACAAGCAGAAACUCUAAUAGUGGAUCCUUAAGGACUCAUCAGUACGCUGUCAUAGCUUUGUUGGGUGGAUCACUGGAGAAUGAUGCGCUUCUUUUAACACAAAAAACUACAUUGAAAGCUACGAUAUUGAACUUUUUGACAUUAAAACUGUUUAUGUUUGUGAAUCUGGAGUGCCAUCACCUUCUCAUGUGCCUUAAUGGAGGCAGUCUGAAGCAAAAA